CUGGGAGGGCGUGGGGAGGCAGGCCAGGCGCGCACGCCGCUGGUCCGAAUCGCCACCCCCACUUCUGCCGGGACGGGAAGUGAGUCGCCGGGGUCCCCAGUACAAGCCUGCCGGAGAGCACGUCCCACAGCCCCCCAAACCCCGGCGGAAGAAUGGCUGCCGCCAAGGUGGCUUUAACCAAGAGAGCAGAUCCAGCUGAGCUUAAAGCAAUAUUUUUGAAGUAUGCAAGCAUUGAAAAAAAUGGUGAAUUUUUUAUGUCUCCCAAUGACUUUGUCACUCGGUAUUUGAACAUUUUUGGAGAAAGCAAGCCCAACCCAAAGACCGUCGAACUUUUAAGUGGUGUGGUGGAUCAGACCAAGGAUGGGUUAAUAUCCUUCCAAGAAUUCGUAGCAUUUGAAUCUGUCCUGUGUGCUCCAGAUGCCCUGUUUAUGGUGGCCUUCCAGCUGUUUGACAAAACUGGCAAAGGAGAGGUUACUUUUGAGGAUGUUAAACAAGUUUUUGGACAGACUACAAUUCAUCAACAUAUUCCAUUUAACUGGGAUUCAGAAUUUGUGCAACUGCAUUUUGGAAAAGAAAGAAAAAGACACCUUACGUAUGCAGAGUUUACUCAGUUUUUGCUGGAAGUACAGUUGGAGCAUGCGAAGCAAGCCUUUGUCCAGCGAGAUAGCGCCAAGACUGGAAAAGUCACAGCCAUUGACUUCCGGGACAUCAUGGUCACCAUCCGCCCACAUGUCCUGACUCCUUUCGUGGAAGAAUGUCUAGUAGCUGCCGCUGGAGGCGCUACGUCCCAUCAAGUUAGUUUCUCCUAUUUUAAUGGAUUUAACUCGCUCCUUAACAACAUGGAACUCAUUAGAAAGAUCUACAGCACUCUGGCUGGCAGCAGGAAAGACGUGGAGGUGACUAAGGAGGAGUUUGCUCUGGCCGCCCAGAAGUUUGGUCAGGUUACACCCAUGGAAGUUGACAUCUUGUUUCAGUUAGCAGAUUUAUAUGAGCCGAGGGGACGCAUGACCUUGGCAGACAUUGAGCGCAUCGCUCCCCUAGAAGAAGGAAUGCUGCCCUUCAACUUGGCUGAGGCCCAGAGGCAGAAGGCCUCAGGUGAUGCAGCUCGGCCAGUCCUUCUCCAGGUCGCAGAGUCAGCCUACAGGUUUGGUCUGGGUUCUGUUGCUGGAGCUGUGGGAGCCACUGCUGUGUACCCUAUCGAUCUUGUAAAGACUCGAAUGCAGAACCAGCGAUCAACUGGCUCUUUUGUGGGAGAGCUCAUGUAUAAAAACAGCUUCGACUGUUUUAAGAAAGUGCUCCGCUACGAAGGCUUCUUUGGACUGUACAGAGAAAUCAAAGGACAGGCUGGAGGCUCCCAGGUGAUUUUCACGAAUCCUUUAGAAAUUGUCAAGAUCCGCCUGCAAGUGGCUGGGGAGAUCACCACCGGCCCCAGAGUCAGCGCGCUGUCGGUGGUGCGAGACCUGGGGUUCUUCGGCAUCUACAAGGGUGCCAAAGCAUGCUUUCUUCGGGACAUUCCUUUCUCGGCCAUCUACUUCCCAUGCUACGCCCAUGUGAAGGCUUCCUUCGCAAAUGAAGACGGGCAGGUUAGCCCAGGAAGCCUGCUUUUAGCUGGUGCUAUUGCUGGAAUGCCUGCAGCAUCCUUAGUGACCCCUGCUGAUGUUAUCAAGACUAGAUUACAGGUGGCUGCCCGGGCUGGCCAAACCACUUACAGCGGCGUGACGGACUGCUUCAGAAAGAUACUACGGGAAGAAGGCCCCAAAGCUUUGUGGAAAGGAGCUGCUGCUCGUGUCUUCCGGUCCUCACCCCAGUUUGGUGUCACCUUGCUGACUUAUGAGUUGCUGCAGCGAUGGUUCUACAUUGAUUUUGGAGGAGUGAAGCCUGUGGGAUCCGAGCCAGUUCCUAAAUCACGGAUCACUCUGCCUGCUCCCAAUCCUGACCAUGUAGGGGGCUAUAAACUGGCAGUUGCAACAUUUGCAGGGAUUGAAAACAAAUUUGGACUUUACCUACCUCUCUUUAAGCCAUCAGCAUCUACCUCUAACAUGACUGGCGGGGGCUCGUAGGACUGAGCUGGAUGUAGCCGGAAAGUGGUUGGAACUGCAGCAAGUCUCAUCUGGGCUGGAGGCCUGGCUUCGCCUUCUGCCUCUCUCUCAUUUAAAUUCAGGUCAAGGCUUUUUAUAUUAAAUGCAAUCAUUCAUUUUCUGGAUGUUUUUUGUACCAAGAUCAUGUGGAAUUAUUCCUAAUUAUUCUUUGGCACUCUGCCCACAAACCUUUGUUUGUGUCUUUUAAAUACUGGGAUUUGGUCAACACUAACUUGAUCUGGAGUAAGUCCGAAGGGAAAUUAGGGAAGGCCUCCUACCUGGAUGAUGGUCUCAUUGAGGCCAUUGAAAGGCAGCCAUGGGUCCUAAAAGCAAAGAGUUCUGAGAAUGUUUAAAGCAGGAGAAAGCUGGGUCUAGAUAUUUAUAAAAAUGAAAAACACUGGAAGAAAAAAAAAACAAAAAACAAAUAUCUAGCCCGACUCAAAUUUUAAACAUGCACAAAUUUGGCCUCUGGAUUAUAUUAUGAAGGUUUUAUGUGAAACAUGUUUUUUCAUAAUGAAAACCACAUUGAGGAUGUUUAGUAAUCAUACUCUCUUACUAGUACCAACUUACUAAGGAAAAAGUUUUGAAUGUUAAGGAAGUGCUUUUGGCCUUUUUAUUAUAGAGACAGAAGAAACUGAGACACAAUUCUACUCCUGAGCAUACUGAUUUGGGAUAAAUACUUACAUGGUGAGCACAUGCUGAUUACUGCCAAUUUUAAUAGACACUGUAAGAAUAAUGUACACCCCUUUUUGCUGGCACCAGCCUGUUCCCAUCCCCGUGGUUGGCAUCCAUUUGCCUUUAAAAUCAACUCUAUCUUGAAUCAUGUCAGACAAAUAUACUCUGAGUUUUUAUUUAAUUUGGGGUGCCUUGUAUCAUGGUCAGAGGCUUGUAUGUUUGUGAAGGGGGAAAUAAACUAUUUUUAAAGCUA